AUGUUGUGGGAAGAAAAGUGUCACAUCACACGGACAGCCAGUUGGCUACCUCCUGCAGAGACCUGGGUAGCAAGCAAGGAAGGCAGCGUGAGCAGCGAGCAGGAUGACGAGGAACUACCGUACGGAUGGGAACAGGCACUAGACUGCCAUGGGAAACCUUAUUAUAUCAACCACGUCAACAAAACAACAACGUAUGUAGCACCCGAAGGUUGUUCGUGCGAAUCUCCCCCAGCGCCAAGAGAUGUGGUCUUGGAAAGAGAUCCCGAACUUGGCUUUGGAUUCGUCGCUGGAUCCGAACGACCAGUACUGGUCCGGUUCGUCACAGACAACUCACCCAGCGUAGGGAAGCUCGAACCUGGUGACCAGAUCUUAUGCGUCAAUGGCGAAGACGUGAGCUUGGCAGCUAGAGAGCAUGUGAUAUCAGCCGUGAGGGCAUGUACUGAGAGGGUUACCUUAAGAGUAUGUCAACCAGCCAGAAGCGGCAAUCCUAUGAGAAGAUCGGCAUUACUAUCUGCAGCAAAGCGAGCUAGAUUAAGAGCCAGGCCACCAAGAGUUAGGUUUGCGGACUCUGUGCAGCUGAAUGGAGCACCUAUGUAUCCCCCCUCAGCAUUCUCCCUCGGCGACCUCUGUUUACCUCCAAUGGCAAAUGUCUUGAAGGUAUUUCUGGAAAAUGGUCAAACAAAAUCUUUUAAGUAUGACACCACGACCACGGUAGCCGACGUGGUCAGCAGCUUGAAGGACAAGCUGUGCAUUACAGCCGACGAGCACUUCUGUCUGGUUGUGGAACAUGUGAAGAGUUUGAGAAGGAAUAAACUGACGCUACUGGAUCCAAAAGAGUCUUUGGCUAGGAUAGCAGCUCGUCCCGGCUCGUACAAGAUGCGCUGCCUGUUCCGCGUGGUGUUCAUGCCCCGGUCGGCGGCGGAGCUGGCGCAGCGCGACCUGUCGGCUCUGGAGUACCUCUACCUGCAGUGCUGCAACGAUGUGGCGCAGGAGCGCUUCGCCCCCGAGCUGCAGCCCGAGACGGCGCUCCGCCUUGCUGCGCUACACAUGCACCAGCAUGCUCUCGCCAACAACCUGGCGCCCGCUAAGCUCACUGUGAAGGCUGUCGAGAGAGAAUUUGGCCUGGAGCGGUUUGUCCCGUCAGGCCUCCUCGACACCAUGAAGCGCAAGGAGCUGCGGCGGCUGAUCGCACACUUCCUCAAACUUAACUCUCAGAUGACGGGCAGUCAGAGACAACUCACACAAUUACAGGCUAAACUCCACUACCUAGACAUAGUAGCUGGACUUCCUAGUUAUGGCGCUAAAUGCUUCAGCAGCAGUCGACCUGAACGUGUGCUGUUGGUGUCACCCAGGUUUGGUCUGAGCCAGAUCGUCGGCAGAAGUAACUCGGUGCCCCAAUCCAUCGCAUCUUUAGAAGAAGUGCAAGGUAUCCGAGUCAAGCGGGAGUGGUCUUCAGGCGGGUCAGAUGUGGCCAUCUUCCUCCAAAGAGAUCGUGUCCUCGCGUUACUUAUGGACGAGAGGGAUGCUGCAGAAAUGCCUCUUGUCAUUGCAGGAUAUUAUCGCCUGGCUACUGGACAGGAAUUAAACGUAGAACUAGAACGAGAGCCGAUUACAGAAGAUAUAGCUCCACCGUACUUGUCUCAACACAAUGUGGUGCCAGCUAAAUGGAGUUACCUCCACUCUGAGGACCCCAAUAUCUUAACUAAGAGGCACUUCGCUAUAUUCAGCAUGCCUCCGCCAUAUCAUUCCACUUCUGAACAAUCCAAGUCUUUAGACACGAACAUGAAUGCCAGCAUAACAAACAGAAAUCAUAGCAACAACUCGAGCCCAUUAACAGGCUACGACGCUAAAUGUGGGUUACUAGGUCAUGAUGUUCAUUUUGAAAAAUGCAAAAGAAAUGACGAAUUCAGACUGUUCGAUCCAAAUGAUGCGUAUUACCUCGACGACGGCAUGGGUUUCGACCUUCAAAGCGUUCUAUCCAUGGAACUCUUAGAGAAUGCCACCAAUAACCCAAGGCUAGUCGAGGCUAAAAACGAAGAAGUCUUAAGAAGAGUAGCAGAAAUGCAGAAAUUAGUAGAGAACUCAGAACAAUAUUUGACUGAAAAUUGUGAUGACGAUGCUUACCAUGAAAUAAUAAGGGAUGAGUUUGUUGGUAAAGAGACCAGUGUUGAUAAUGUAGAAAGUGAUACCGAAUCUAACACUAGUAGAAUGUCUUGUGUUGAUGAUGCGCCCGGGAUUUUGAAGCAUAGUGACUCUUUGCUCCUAUUGACUGAAACUAUAAAUCAAGGUUUAAAUGGUUUAAGUGUCCCAGAGAAUGGGAAAGACAAUAAUAGUUUAACGACUCGACAGUCGCAAGGAUUGAGUGCGAUACUCAAUAAUUGUGGUCUAACUGAUGCUUUAAUAGCUUUGAACAACGACGUAUGUCAUUCAGAAAGUGACAAUGAUUCGUUGUAUACUCCUACGAACAGUCCUAUAAGAAAAACUAAAACCACUGAUAAAGCCGUCAGAACUAGUUUUGGUUUACAUAGCCCAGAUUCAACACAAGAUAAUAAGGAACCUAAUCUCAAAGAAUACUUGAAACAGCUUAGAGAGAAAAGUAGUAAAGAAGAAGUGAGAGCUGCUGAGUAUCCAUUUUUUUAUCAAGAAAGCGUAGUUGAUAAUGAUGCUGAGCUUAUAGAUUUAACUUUGAUACCUCCCCCACAAACACCCGAUGAAUUAGACUGUGCUACGCAAGUGCCUCAAAUUGUACCUAUCGUGCCGCCGUCAUUUGCAGACGACAAAGUGAAUUCACAAGAGAACUUAUCAAAUACACCAAAGACAGCUUUAGAGGAAUUUAUAGCCAACGUCACAAUUCAGCCACCGACUGUGAAAGUUACUCCAGCAAUAGAAUUAACACCUGAAGAAAUUAUGUCAUAUAUAAUACCACCGCCGCCCGCCUCCAACUCAUCAACAUUAGAUAGAGAACAAGUCAGUUAUGCAAAUCACAGUCAAAUACUAGAAGCAAAAAACGGACAAUCAAACGUGGAAGUUAAACCCGCAAACGGUGACGUUGUAAAGGGUACUUUAAGUGUUAGUGAAAUCAGGAAUCUGUUUGCAGCCAAAAGCUUGAGCGAAGCAAGAAAUAGUCUUUUAUUAAAAGAUAAAUCCAAAGCAACAUCUACUAAAGCUGAUUCGCCAAAAGGUAAAAGAAAAAGCGUAUCUAAUGACAAGCAGUCCAACGGUACCGCACAUGUGAUAGAAUAUCCAACGGUAGAAAGAAAAGGAAUGUUUUCUUGCUGCAGCAAAGACAAAAAUAAAUCCGAAGAGAAUUCGGAUGAAGGAGACAGAGGUGAAGCUCAAGUACAAAACUCUGACUCUAUACCCGAUGUUUGUGAAAUCAGACCACCUCCGAGAAGAAAAAGCACCGAUAUCAAAAAACCACCUGAAAGGCCGCCAAAAAUGCCACCUACACCUGCACCAAGGCCUCGAUCGAACUCAUUUACAUGCCUAAAUAAUGAACUUACUGCUGUUGAAAUCAGUAACAAUCAUUUUAGUACUUUAAACAAUCGAAAGCUGAACUAUAAAGUCGUUUGCGACAUAAACGAACAAAUGCAGAAUCCUCCACAGUUACCACCGAGGUUAGAAAAUAAAGUUCUUUCUCCUCCGCCUCCAUUACUGUUACCUCCUAAAAAGCCGCCGUUACCUCCAGUACCAAGCAUUGAAGUAUUAAGAAUGAAGAAUGCAAAACAGUCUCCGAUUAGAAACCAGGAACAACGUUUAGCCAGUAUUGGCUCCCCCCAUUUCCAUCGGAACCUAAACACUUAUAAAAAUCUUGAAAAUGAGAACAGAUUAAGUGAAGAGGAAAGUCAAAAUAUUAGAUCUUCUCCAAACUAUAGCUCAAUGACACUACAAACACGUCAUGUCAGAUCCAAUUCAGAAACAAAGAAUACUAUAUUAAAGAACAAUACAGCUCUGUCCUUAUGCUCGCCUCAAAUGAAUAGACGGUUCAGUAAUCGACCCGAUCUUUUAAAUGGAGCUCCAGGAGAAAGAGUGUUCAGCCCCCCAUUAUCGGAGCGUCAAUCUUUUAGAAGAGAUAGUUCGAGUCCGACGCCAAAAGUCCAGAAUCACGUUCGUUUUAAAGAUGAAGUUGUAGACCCGGAUAUACCAACACCGCCGUCGCCUCCUACGGUUAAGUUUCCAGAGUUCCAGUCCGGGAAUAAUGGACACGUGUCUAUUGAGAGUCUGCUGUGCAAGACGGAGGUCGCCGUGGAAGGUCUGCUGCAGAGGUUGCACCAGGUAGCACAGAAGUGUUCCCAUCAACAUGCUCAUGGAGGUGGCGAGGAUAUUGAUGAAAUUAAAUUUCAGCGUGCCCGCAGCGAGUUGACGUCGUGCGCGGUGGCGCUGGUGGGCGCGUCGCGCGCGCUCGUGGGCGCGCUCGGCGCCGCGCCCCCCUCCGCACCCACCCCCGCGACCCCCGCACCGACCCCACCUUCAGCCCCCGCCGCGCUCGCUGACUGCCUCACGCCUCUUAGGAGGCUCGCUGAUUUAGCGCAAGCUCUAGGUAGACAUACUUCAGCCCCUCUCCAAACCAGAAACCUGGUCCUCAGAGUGCAUGACGUAACAGCGGCUUUUAAAGAACUGGCUGGAGCAGAGAUGGCCCAGAUCAUACACGAGAACAAUACUAAGAAAACCCAUAACCAAGGCCAAGAUACCAGCUCAACUUUGGAAGGCCAACUGGCCUUAAGAGCAGAGUGUUUAGCCAAUGUCUUGGCUACUCUUUUGCGAAGUCUCCGAGUGUUUUCUCCAUAA